GGGAGGCGGCAGGUGAGCAGCUGGCAGUGUUCUUGUUUUGUUAACGGAGUUUCAGCAGCAUCGAGUUGUUUGUCUCCCCACGAUGUGCGCUUGUGUUGAGGAUUACAAGAAGGUUCUCAGUUUUUGGGAACCCGUGAAGGCUAAUCCCAAGUACUAUGGGGAGAUUAUUUUUCAGCGCUUGUUUGAGACCCAUCCAGAUGUUCAGAAGCUGUUCCCUAAGUUUGCUGGCCUUUCCAAAGAGCAGCUGCAGAACAAUCCUGACUUCCAGGCCCAUGGGGAAACUGUCGUCUGCAAGCUGACAGAAUUUGUGCAACAUCAAAAGGCAGACGAGUCCUUUGUGAAGGGACUGGCAAAACGUCGUCCUGCUUGGCAUGACAAGGUCAACUUUCGGAUCAUCAGUGAAAUCAUUGUCGUGGUGGCAGCAGAGGAGAUUGAUGGCUUUGGCACUGAUGCUCAAACUGCCCUGAAGAAUGUGCUGAAGGCGUUUCAAACUGGCAUGGGGGCUUGAUAUGAUGUGUGAGCUCCUGUAUGAAUAAAACUACUUCAAACAGAAGGGCUGCCUGGUUGUUUUCUAUUUGACUCUGUGAUUCUAUAGGCUGUAUAUUCUGUAGUUCUCCAGGGGAUUUUGAAACUACACCAGUCGCUUCCAGACUGGAGAUGGUCCUUAAGACCAGGAUUUCUACCCACUAUUGUACAUCAAUAGAGUUGUCCCUUUUGGACUGGGAUUCGAUAUGUAAAUACUUGACUGUAUGGACUCCAUAGUGUGGACUGAUCUCUAAUGUGAGGUCCUUUCUGGCU